AUGUCAAUGAAGAUAAAAUUGCAAGAAGAAAAUGAUAUUGCCAAGGCUCCCUUUAGCUUGAUUGUUUCUGGAUUUGCCCCUGUCGUAAAUAUUCAUAAAACUAUGACACUUCAACUGAGACCAAAGAAUAGACUAUUCUUUUUGAAUUUAUCAAAUGGCAAACAGAAAUUGGUGGAUCAGCGACCACACAAAUCAGGUGGUGGUUUACUUACUACUAUUGCAGAAACGUCAUUUGCAGGUCAUGUUGGAAUGAACAUAAAUCUUGAAAAUAUCUUACAAGAAAAUGAUAUUAUUAGAGAACUUUUUAAUGAAGAGCUUGGUGCUGUUAUACAAAUCAGUCAACAGAAUCUUGAAAAGGUAAAAUAA